CGGCCUCCUCUCGCCGCCGUCUCGUGCCCCGCUCGUUCCUUCUCAUUUUCUCUGCUAGACAUUCUGUACUCUCUCUGCGUUUCCUCUGACUUGACAAUAUACUUAGUUGAAGAAACGAUCUCUGUAUCACUGCUGGAAGAAAAAUUUGACGAUAGAGAAGUAGGGUUUUAGGUUGGAUUGCGGGGUACUGCCAUGGGAGGAGGAAGAAAGAACUUGCUGCGGGCAAAACAGGAACUGGACGUGGCCCUUCAAGACGGCCAAAGUAUCACGAAGGUCGUCUCUCUUCGUGGUUCUAAUCUCAUUGAGGUAAUGGAUGCACGCGGUGAGAAAUUACUAGCACUUUUUCCAGCUAAAUUCCAGAAGAGCAUGUGGAUAAAACGAGGGAAUUAUGUUGUCGUUGAUGAAAGUGGAAAGGAAAAAGCUCUUGAAUCGGGUAGCAAAGUUGCAUGUAUUGUUACCCAAGUUCUAUACCAUGAACAAGUUCGGGCCCUUCAGAAGUCUCCACAAUGGCCUGCAAUUUUUAAAUCCGGGGCUACAGAUGAUUCAAAUGAAAAUUUGCAUGGAAACACCUCCCAACCAGAGAUUGAGAGGGACUCUAGUGAUGAUGAUGAUGGACUACCCCCAUUAGAAGCCAAUACAAACAGGUUGAGACCUUUCGAGUUGCAAAUGGAGGAUGAUUCUGAGUCCGAUUCUGAUACAGAUGAUUGAAUCAUCUGGCUUGAUUUUGAUACCUACUUCAAUUGAUGAUAAUAGAUGAAAAAUGGUAAAAAUAAUUUUUUUUCAGUUUAGAUUCUUGAAAAUAUUAGUGUUAAGAUUGAAACUUCAUUUUAAUUCAUUUUCGUCAUUCUAGACAUACCAUUAAUGACUGACUUCAAAUGAUUGUUAUGGUCGGAACAAGAAUGAUCUUUGUCCAGUGGUCGUGGUGGUUCUGCAGAAUACACUCAUUGUGUUGGUCAAACGUAAGUUUGUGAGAUUGAGUUUGCUUUAAAAUGUCAAAUUUUGUACCACUUUACAUCAAAUAUAAAUUUAUUUGAUCGAGUUGCUCUUUGAAACCAUUUGUCAUUAGUGUAUUUGUCUUAAUGAAGUGCAUUUAGUGUGCAUGGACC